AUGAAGCGGCGCAGCCAAGGUCAAUGGAGGCUCCAGCCUGUCUGGCCUUUUCUGUUAUGGCGCCCGACCCACAUGUGCAUUUGCUUUGCAAGCUGCUUGAUCGCUUGUUUACAUGCGGUCGGCUUCGUGGCAAUGUCCAGAUGGGCAUCUCAGCUCAGACUGGCUGGCGCUGGCUUUGGAGACAGCGGCGCCGGAAAUCGCCUGGUGCGCAGGUAUGUUCUUGCGGACCCGCCCGUGCGAACUCGACCGCCGGACACGGUGUCGGAAGUCUCGACCCAGAAUGCUGAAUGGACCGAGUGCCUCAUCAAGAACCCAGUCUCUAAUGCUGGUCAGAAUGCACUGCGUGUUGAAACAUGGAUUUUUCGGACCACCGAUUUUGGUGACUUUCGACGUCAUCUAAGAAUUCGAGGCUUUGAGAAUAUCGGUGAGACUUCGAGCCUGUCAUGCCGCGAGCGUCAAAUCGAUCCGGAUGUAAGAUGUUCAGAGUGCUUGCGGUUGCUUUGCGGUGGAUACUAUGGUCACCUUGGCGUGUGUGUUCCAUCAUACCCGCCACAACGAGAUGCGGUAGGUUGCCUCGCGCAAUCAAAACAGAUCGAUAUGCCAGCUCCAACCACAGAAGAAGAUGACAGUGGAGACUGGGAUGGAGACCAAGGGCGGCAAAGCGCAUUUUGUAACAGUCUCAACGUUAGGCUCGACAAGGUGAGUCUAUGA